AUGGCUCUGAAGACUUGGGAGUCCACCUUCGAGCCUUUACUUGAUGCUUCACAGUGGUCGGAGUACAAUGGCGACGAAUAUGUGCCCGAUUGUGGGCUAUUGAAACAAAAGGUAGGGAGGAGGAAGAGGAAACGUCUUCGGAAUGAGAUGGAUGAUAGCAGCAAAGGUUACGGUGAAGACAUGUACGGAGCAGGAGACUUUGACGAGGCACCUAUUAAAAUUCGUUGCUCCAUAUGCCACCGGUUGGGGCACAGGAUGGAACAACACAAGGUGGGUCCGAAGAAUAAUCCUAAUCGUAGGAAAAGGGGGAAUUCUAGUAGCGGAGAAGUAGAUCUCAGACAGGUAGAGGUGCACUACCCGCUAUCGGCGAUGGCGCACCCCGACUACCCGCUCCUUGAGACGUUUUACGACAGGGAGCAUCGAGCGCACCUUAUGGUCGACGAUGGCGAGGUGCUAUCACCUCUUCGGAUUUGCACUCACAACCCUCUCAGGUGGGAUGAGAGGUACGCCCAAUACAUUGGGCGUGCAGGAUUUCUACCGUUGGCCCGGUUGGUCACGACCGGGUUGUCGAUGUUCGACAACGCAGCUUUGACAGCGCUAGUCGACCGCUGGAGGCCCGAGACACACACCUUCCAUCUCCCUUGCGGUGAGCUCACGGUCACUCUCCAGGAUGUGGCCAUGAUACUCGGGCUUCCAAUUGACAGCCAGCCUGUUUGUGGGAAUGUGCAACCCGCAGGGUGGAGAGACAUGGUCGAGCUGAUUGUUGGGACUAGGCCACCAGAGCCUGCGCAGGACGCGAAGGACAAGAAACCUUCAGGCGUCAGCUCCGCCUGGUUAGCUCAGAACUUUACAGAAUGUCCUCACGAUGCAGCGGAGCACGUCGUCGAGAGUGGGGACCAUGCCAACCUUGGUGGAUGCACGUACCUCCUGCAGGUGUGGAUGUGGGAGCGCCUGCCGAUUGGUAGACCCGAUCGUUUCUCCCCCAGGGUUUGGCAGUUCGAGGAUGAGGGCUCACUCCCGACCGUUGCUUUCCUAUGGAGGAACGUCCGGGCAGUGACUGGAAAUGCAGGAAGGCGCUACCUCUUCUACACUAACGAGCUAGACUGCAUCAUGCAGAGCCACGUGACAUGGGAGCCAUACGAGCGGCACAAGAUCCUUUCGAUGGGUCUAAGCCCUUUGUGCACACGGGACAUGGAGUAUUGGCGGUCUGUUCUCCCGCUAAUUUGCUUUUAUAUUGUUAAGAUGCACUGUCCAAACCAUGUGAUGAGACAGUUCGGGAUUUUACAGCGGACACCUCCGGACACGACACCCACGUCCGUGGCUCUGCACAAAAUUGAUAGGAGGAAACAACACGGCGCUCGAGAUUGGCGUGACGUGCACCACAACUACUUGGUGGAAUGGAGCAACCGGGCGCAGACAAUCGUUCAUGGUGGACCCGCCCACCGCUCGGGUCCGUACCGUGAGUACCUAAGGUGGUUGCACGACUCCUCCAGGUUGGCAAUCAAGCCGCCACGAGUUGCAGUUGCAGCGGAGAAUUUGCCGGACUCUGAUGACGAGGACGACCUCGUAGAUGAGUACGACCAGAUCACGAGGCACAGCCGUCAGCCCGAGCGUGCUCCGCUUCAUAACUACAUAGUAUUCGUAUUUUGCCACAUCGUGUAUUCCUUCAUGGUUUGUACCUAA